UUAUAGCUUUCCUUUUCCGUAAAAUCUCAGAGAGAGAGAGAGAGCUGAUCAGCCAAAAACAACACUUGACCACCAUUUUCUUCUUCUCCUUCUUCUCUCUCAGUUUAUUUAGGCAUUUUCUAGGGUUUGAUGCUUCCCUUUCCUUCUUCGUCCUCAAUGACGCCUUCUUCCUAUUCCGCUAGAUUUUGCUUCAACCGCGAGUGCCCUGACUUCAACCGCGAGUGUUACCGCCCUGGAUGGCGUCUCCGUAACGGCGAUUUCGCCGACCUCUGUAACCGUUGCGCCUCUGCCUAUGAGCAAGGAAGGUUUUGUGACAUCUUUCACCAAAGGGCUUCCGGAUGGAGGUGUUGUGAGUCUUGUGGAAAGCGAAUUCAUUGCGGUUGUAUUGUUUCUGCACCUGCUUUUAUGUUACUGGAUGCUGGAGGAAUUGAGUGCUUGACUUGUGCACGAAAAAAAGUUUCUGUGGGUCCUAAUUUUAGGCCACCACCACCAUCCUUUCUUUUCCAGUCUCCAAUUUCUGAGAAAUUCCAGGACUUGUCGAUCGAUUGGAAUUCUUCAACCAGAAGUUACCGGCCUCCUAAUUUAUCAGGUCCUUCGAUUCGGCAGAGUGAUCGUGGUGAUUGUUAUGAAUUUAAUCAACCUACUUCUAAAGACAAGGCCACUGCAUAUUCCACGGAGAAACACAGGGGAAUGAAUGACUUGAUGGGGAAAUUAAUGAGUGUAAACUCGAACAAUCACACAAACAGCAUUCUUUAUAAUCAGAAAGCAGGGCCUAAUUGUAAAGUACCUACUUGUCCAAACGUCAAUGCAGCAUAUCCUCCACUGAUCUCAUUGAAGGAGGGUCCAUUGGUGGGGGCACAGCGUGCUUUUCCCGUAACGACACCAGUUGAGACGAAUGGUCACUUGGGACUAGGUGGAAGAUAUUUAUGGCAUAAAGCUAAUUCUUCUCCACUGAGUCACUUACACAAUGACUUGAAUAAUGGAGCAGACUCGCCACUGGAAAGCAAGAAUUGGAAUUUCGGGAUUCAUCUUGAUACGCCAGGAAAAUAUCAGGUGGUUCCACGAUAUUCUCCCAAGGUUCCAUAUAAAAAUCAAGUUCUGCAGAAUCUACCCAACGAAUCUGUAUCCGUUGUCACCCCUCUCUUUGAGAAGAUUCUGAGUGUGAGUGAUGCUGGACGAGUUGGGAGGAUGGUGCUGCCAAAGAAAUGUGCAGAGGCUUUCUUGCCCCAAAUUUCCCAAACCGAUGGUGUGCCUCUCACAGUACAUGACUCAACGGGUAAAGAGUGGACAUUUCAGUUCCGCUUUUGGGUCAACAACAAUAGCAGAAUGUAUUUUCUAGAGGGAAUAACUCCAUGCAUACAGAGCAUGCAGUUGCAGGCUGGUGAUACAGUCAUAUUUAGUCGCGCAGAUCCAGAAAAGAAGUUAAUCAUGGGGUUCCGAAAGGCUUCGGUCGCUCAGUCGUCUGUUCAGGAAACUGAAUUGAAUAACAAUCGUGAGAGUUGCACAAACGGAGAUCAGGCUGAACCGAUUGAUAUACAUCCACCUAACGGGAAGAAGAAAAGUAGCAUGACGACUACAAGAAGCAAACGUCAGAAAGUCGAAAAGGGAGAGCUCAGUGAGCUGAAGCUAACAUGGGAAGAAGCUCAAGGAUUUAUCCUGCCUUCUCCAAACCUCACUCCAUCGAUAAUUACGAUAGAAGGCAUUGAGUUUGAGGAGUAUGAGGAUGCUCCAAUCAUCGGGAAGCCAAAUACUGGUUUCGGAUCAACAUGCUCUGCAAAUAAAGGACUCUUAGCUGAACAGGACGAUGAGGAAGCCAAGGACGAAGCUGAAGGACUCUUGAUGUCACCCAAAUCAACCUCAAAGCACCCACGGCAUAGAAACGGCUGCGCUUGCAUUGUUUGCUUACAGUCCCCGAGUGGGUCGAGUCCCAAACACGGCCGACGCUGUUCUUGCACGGUCUGCGAUACAGUGAGACGCCGUAGGGAAACUCUGUUGCAACGGAAAAAGAAGCAGCAGCAGAGUGAGAUAGAAAACAAAGCACACAAGGAGAUGGAGUCUCCAAACUCUGAUGAGGAACGUCACCAAUCUGUUAACAACAGUGGGACCACCAGUAAGGACUAUGAGCGUCAUGCAUCGCCGCCUUCAAAAGCACAAAUAGAUUUGAACUUCCAACCAGAGAAAGAUGAAGAAUCUCCUCUUCCCCGUUCAAAGACAACGACUAAGGACAAGUCUCUGCAUCAUGAUGAAGCAAGAAGCUCAUCAAGUGCUCAUAACAAGCUCCAUGUAGAUUUUGCAGACUCCUAAGGUGAAUAGGAUUAUGAUGGCAGAAACCAGAGAAAGCUUCUAGUAAUUACCAUUUUUAACCCCACAGGCAUGGCGCAUUUUGGACAUAAAGGGUAGUUUUAAUAUAUUUACGGAUGGAAGCUCAUUACUUUUUCUAAACUCUUAGCUAAUUACAAUGAGCAAUAUAAUUUUCUCGGUGAACUUCUUAUAAUUUCACA